AUGGCGCCAGUCGUUGACAAGUGGCAGCAAAUCAGCGCAGACAUCGCGGAGCUGGUUUCACAGAGCGAGGUGCUGCGACUGGUUCGGGACAUGGGAUACCUGACGGUGAUCCGCGAGGAUGCUCAGAAGAAAUACCUGCUGAACCUCUUCCACACAAUGAAUGCGAAACAAGAACGCGAAGAAGGAUGGAAGGUAGCAGGCAUCUACCUGGAUGGAUUGGACCAGUUUGUGCAGAAAGCCGUUCAUGGACCGCGGACCGUCCCAAUAGCAACACAGGCAGAAGCAGAGCGGACCGUUGAGGAGUAUUUCGGUGGCCUGCGCGAAGCCCAACUCGGAGACUACAAGAUGUGGGUCCGGAGGCUUGAGAUGUUGUUGAGCAAGGAAAGUGUCGCCAAGCUGACCACGCAGGUGUGGUUGGAGAUGAUCGACACUGAGGAGCUCGACUGCAUUGCGGCGCCCUUGGAUUUUGCGCAACCUUAA